UCAAAUACCAAACACCAAGUUUAUUAUGGAUUAACAUAAUGCACUUGAAACUAAAAACUCCCACACACUCUUCUCCUACCUUGUCCAAUCUCCACCUUUCUAUGCCUCUCUCUCUUUCCUUGAGCUUCAAAAGCAGAGACUCAGAGUUUGAACUCAAAUAUGGGAACUGAUGAUUUUUCAUUUCCAAAGUUGCUUCUUGCAUACCUCAUAUGCUCCACUUCAUUUUUGUUCUUUGCAACUUUUGGACAGUCAGCCACAGCCACAGCCAAGCUUCACAGUCAGGAAGUGAAUGCAUUGAAGGAGAUAGGGAAAAAGCUGGGGAAGAAAGACUGGGAUUUUAGGAAAGAUCCAUGUACAGGAGAAGGGAAUUGGAAUGGGUCGAUUGAAGGGAGGAGGAAAGGCUUUGAGAGCUCUGUCACAUGUGACUGCACCUUCAACCACAAUUCCUCUUGCCACGUCAUCAGCAUAGCUCUAAAGGCCCAGAAUCUAUCAGGUACUGUGCCACCAGAAUUUUCUAAGCUUCAGCACCUGAAAGACUUAGACCUGAGUCGAAAUUACCUCAAUGGUUCUAUACCUUCCCAAUGGGGUACUAUGCGCUUGGUUACGCUCUCCCUUAUGGGGAACAGAUUGUCAGGUCCAUUUCCAAAAGUUCUCACCAAUAUCACCACUCUCAGAAACUUGAGCAUUGAAGGAAACCACUUUUCGGGACCCAUUCCACCAGAAAUUGGGAAGUUGAUAAAGUUAGAAAAGCUCGUUGUAUCUUCAAAUGCCUUCACUGGAGAAUUGCCAUUAGCACUAGCAAAGUUGACCAACUUGUCUGAUAUGAGGAUUUGUGACAAUAACUUCUCUGGAAAGAUACCUGAUUUCAUCGGAAAUUGGACACAGAUUUCAAAAUUGCUUAUCCAGGGUAGCUCUCUUGAGGGGCCUAUACCGUCUAGCAUAUCAGGCUUAACUAGUUUAACUGAUCUGAGGAUAACCGACUUGAGAGGUACAGAGUCUCCUUUCCCACCAUUGAGAAAUUUGGAAUCCUUGAAAAAACUGAUACUGAGGAAUUGCUUGAUAUACGGAGUGAUCCCAGCUUAUAUUGGGGAUAUGAAAAGAUUGAAAAACCUAGACCUCAGCUACAAUGAGCUGACCGGUGAAAUACCUGCAUCUUUUGUCCAACUAGCAAAAGUUGACUUCACGUAUUUGACAGGAAACCAGCUUACUGGAACUGUACCUGGAUGGGUCCCAGGAAGAAACAAUAUUGUGGAUUUAUCGUACAACAACUUCACUUGGGAAAGCUCAAGUCCUAAUGAAUGUCCUAGAGGGAGUGUAAACUUAGUAGAGAGUUACUCCUCAUCGGCUGAUAAAUUAAGUAGAAUCCAACCAUGCCUGGAAAGAAAUUUUCCAUGUCAUGUUUCGAAAAAUCAACGUAAAUAUUCCUUGCAUAUCAACUGUGGUGGAAAGGAAGUAAAUAUUGGUGGCAACAGGUAUGAAGCUGAUAGAGAACAAAGAGGUGCUUCCAUGUAUUACAUGGGUCAGAACUGGGCUCUCAGCAGCACAGGGAACUUCAUGGACAAUGAUAUUGAUUCAGAUAUCUACAUUGAAACCAACAAGUCUGCACUUUCAAAAAAUGUCUCUUUGCUCGAUUCAGAACUGUACACAACCGCACGUGGAUCUCCCAUCUCUCUCACAUACUAUGGACUCUGUCUCAUAAAUGGAGACUACACUGUCAAACUCCACUUUGCUGAGAUUGUUUUUACUAAUGAUAGAACUUUUAACAGCCUCGGGAAGCGUAUAUUUGAUGUCUACAUCCAGGAUAAGCUGGUGCUGAAAGAUUUCAACAUAGAAAGUGAAGCUGGCGGUGCUGGCAAGCCCAUUGUAAAGAAUUUCACUGCAGUUGUUUCAAGUCAUACAUUAAAGAUCCAUUUUUACUGGGCUGGAAAAGGGACAACAGGCAUCCCUAACAGAGGAUUUUAUGGCCCUCUCAUAUCUGCUAUAUCAGUAGAUCCUAACUUUGAACCUCCCUCAGUUGAGCGCAACAAGAAUCACGUUGUUAUAGCAGUUGGGACAGUGGCUGCAGCACUACUUCUUCUGCUUCUGAUCUUAGGCAUCUUGAGGAGAAAGGGUUGUUUGGGAGGAAAUAUCUCUGCAGAUAAAGAGCUCAGAGAUUUAGAUCUUCAAACAGGAUUAUAUACUUUAAGACAGAUAAAGGCUGCAACGAAAAACUUUGAUGCAGCAAACAAACUCGGGGAGGGCGGCUUUGGUUCAGUCUACAAGGGUCUGUUAUCAGAUGGCACAGUAAUUGCAGUGAAGCAGCUCUCUUCAAAAUCAAAGCAAGGAAAUCGGGAAUUCGUGAAUGAAAUAGGCAUGAUUUCUGCCCUGCAACAUCCGAACCUUGUGAAGCUGUAUGGAUGUUGUGUUGAAGGGAACCAGAUGCUUUUAAUUUAUGAGUACAUGGAAAAUAACUGCGUAUCACGUGCUCUUUUUGGUGAGAAUGGAAGCGACCCCGCUUGCAGAUUGAAACUGGGCUGGGCUACCAGGAAGAAGAUUUGCAUAGGUAUUGCCAGAGGUUUGGCCUAUCUCCAUGAAGAGUCGAUACUAAAGAUAGUGCAUCGCGAUAUCAAGACAAGCAAUGUGCUGCUUGACAAGGACUUUAAUGCUAAAAUUUCUGAUUUUGGCUUGGCAAAGCUUAAUGAAGAUGACAACACCCACAUCAGCACGCGGAUUGCUGGAACUGUUGGUUAUAUGGCUCCGGAGUAUGCAAUGCGUGGUUACUUAACCGACAAAGCAGAUGUUUAUAGCUUUGGAGUCGUCGCAUUGGAAAUCGUUAGCGGAAAGAGCAACACAAACUACAGGCCAAAGGAGGAGUUUGUCUACCUUCUUGACUGGGCUUAUGUGUUGCAAGAGAGAGGGAGUCUAUUGGAGUUGGUUGAUCCAGCCUUGGGUUCAGAAUAUUCAUCAGAGGAGACAAUGCUGAUGCUAAAUGUUGCUCUCAUGUGCACCAAUGCAUCUCCCACUCUUAGGCCUACAAUGCCCCAAGUAGUGAGCAUGCUUGAAGGCAGAACAGCAGUUCAAGACCUACUUUCUGAUCCCGGCUUUUCGGCCAUCAAUUCCAAAGUCAGGGCCAUUAGAAAUCACUUCUGGCAAAAUCCAAGUUGUACACAAAGCAUGUCAACCAACGGUCCAAGAACUGAUACCUCUGGUAAUUCAUACAUUGAAACAGAAGAGAGUGGCCGUCUUUAAAGAGUUAGUUCUGUAACUUCAGUUAAAUCUGAAGAGUAAACUGUACAUCAGAAUGGCAAGUAUUGUAUAUAGGUUCUGGAUGUGCCAUAUAUAGCAGUUUUUGGCCUCCAACCGUAUAAAUAUAUAGUCGAAAUAUAAGCCUACAUAUUCCAUUUUUA